AUGUCAUUCCUUGAGCGUCAAAAAAGUCGCAUAGCAGGUGACAUAGAAGAUGGUCGUCACAAUAGCGUUCUUCCUUCGUCGACCUCUAGCAAAGUUCCUCAUGCGAAGAAACCUCGAACCCGUCCCCCAAAUUCACUCCGCGAUCACCUCCCUUAUCCCACUUCGGUGUUGAAUCCAUCCUCUGGGCCGUAUGCCGUUGGGAGUAUGGAAAUCGAGGUGCCCGUGGAAAGACCACGCGCCAUCUCCAACAUAACUCGUCAUGGACGGCACGUCCUGCAACUGGAAACAAUAUUAUUCACAUUAUACUACCCGGCAGGCUUUGACAGUGGGGCAGGAAAUGCCCCAGGUGGGGAGACGAAAUGGGGUCGAGAAACUUGGCUACCACGACCGCGGUUGGAGACAGCGAAAGGCUAG